AGGUUGUGUUGGAUGAUGUACUAAGGCAGUGAGUACAGCCGUCAGCACUAUACCUGCCCCUCCUACACAGGGACGAUGAUGGGUCGUGUGGAACAGCCUGUACUAUCAGGCCUGCAGCUACUCCUCCUGCUGUGUGUCCUCAUGCAUCACACUCAGGGUGACAACACGGCGCCGUUCAUACGCAACACAGCCAACGUCCCGCGAGAAUUCCACGAAGGAGAUGACAUCCUACUGACCUGUGUGGUGGCUAACCUCGGCAACCAUACUGUGUGGUGGAGUAAACACGAGGACGGCAAGAAGUCCAUCCUUACCGUGGCUGACAGAAGCAUCACUAAUGACAACCGCAUCUCCAUACUCCACGACAGAGCACCUCCUUACAACUCCAGUAUCAUCAUUUCAGGUGGUGACGUGUGGGUACUAGUGAUCAAGAAGGCCAAGGUCACUGAUAAAGGUGUUUACGUGUGUGAGAUUAAUUCCAACCCAUCAUUAACUUCACUCUACAUGGUCUCAGUGAUGUCGGCGAAUGAGUCGGCCGCACAGACGACAGAGCUCCUGUCAACGCACAACUAUACCGACUGUUGUGUUGAGAGUGGCGUUGCUCCCCAGUGCCUUGGCUUCUGCGCCAUCCACAAUAUCUUGGAAGGAAAUACUGGGAUAGACCCAGAAGCUUGUGAAUCACACUUCCCAAAUAUAGUGAAAUGUAUGGCAGAUAGACGUAACCAUGUACCGUGUUGUGAGCGAGAGAGAGUGCCGGACAUCUGCCAGGAUCUGUGUCGCGGGGAGUACACAUUACAAGACGAUAACAUACAGUCUCAUUCUCCCACAGCGUACACAAGCGUUACCCUCAUGUGUAUCUCUGAAGGUGUCGAGCUGCUGCCUAUGAGCCCCACGUCUCCCUCCGUGAUGGUGCUGGACUCUACCUCCAUCAAGGUCGGGGAACAUCCUCAAGUUGGUUCACCUCCACCUGAGUACUACUUGAUCAACGUCACCACCAUUACUAAGUUUGAUCCACCGGUAGAUGUUGACAGUGACACUGCAGUUACUGUUAGUGGUGAGACUAUGGACACCCAGGACGACCUACAGUACCUGCCCAAGAGACUACAGGUGAAGGUGUCAGCUAGUCAAACUAACGUGAGCGUCAGCAGCUUGUCGCCGCUGACCUGGUACGAGGUGUCAGUGGUCUCCUUAAACAGACACGGCCUUCUGCCACAAUACAAAAUCCGGAUCCUUACCGAGGCUGUCACCUCCAACAAAACUGAAGUGAUCCAUCCUGAGCUGCCAGACAUUAUGGAUGCUGCUCAAACAAAGGCGUCAAGCACUUCAGAAUCUAAUAGUGCAUUACGAGGGGCCAUCAUCCCUGCACUCUUCACUGAUGAGAAUGUGUGUUCACGUAACCUGUGUGACCCCAGCAACAAGUACAUCAGUGAGCCAGACAUGAUCGUGUGCGCUCCCUGGGCUACCGAAGCCUUCUCCUGCCUCGCCAACGACUACGACCACUCCGACUGCUGCAGAGACCGUGGGAUGCCGGCCCUCUGUGUCGAACUCUGCACGGGAAAUGUCACCAAGAUCGACUACAAGUAUUUCAGAUGUGUGGAUUACUUCAGCGACUACCGAAGUUGUUUAAUGAAGGGUUACAACGUGCUACCAGGUCCACCACUCAAAGUCACCGUCAGUAACACUACCGACCUUGUGCUUCUCCAUUGGUCUCCGCCGGAAAAGCUUGGAGAAUCCGUCACAGCUUACCACGCUUAUUUCCGGCCAAUCGAACCAUCUAGGGAAUGUGCUGAUAAAUGGUUCAUCAACAACAUGGUGGUGUCUUAUCAUGGCGUGUACACAGAGAAGCCACCAUUCGUGCUGGAACAACUGUGUCCCAACACUGAGUAUGAAGUGUUCGUGCAGGCUGUCAACACCCACGGUACAGGCGACCCAUCGGAGCGGGUCUUGUUCAACACGCCCUCCAUACAGCACGUCAGGAGGCUAGAGGACAGAACCUACAACGUGACUGAGUGCUGCCGAAGCGUCAACGUCAGUCCUGGCUGUAUGCCCAUGUGUGACUACAACGCCCGUAUGUCUCACGUGCGGGCUAUAGCAGUCACCUGUACCAAGGAGCUGCCUCUCCUACUAAGGUGUGCGGUGGGCGGUCGUAACCACCUGCCCUGCUGCCAGAGACGCGGGGUGCCACCUGCCUGCCUCAACAUCUGCUCCGGUUCCUUUUCCUCCAACAAAGUCACGCCAGCUGUUUGUAUGCCGUACAUCGGUAACAUUAUGAUGUGUCUUGAGGAAGGUGUGGGCGUGUUACCUGGCCCGGUCAAGAGUCUGCACGCUACUAAGGUGAGUGACGGACAGGUGACGCUGGUAUGGCAGGAACCCACCGACGGACCAAACGUAACGCAGUAUGAACUUCACUACCAGAGCGUCGACAAACACUCCGCCUCUCGAGUUGCUUUCUCUCUCAACAACACCCUGAACUUCACUGACACCGUGGCAUCCCUCACUAACCUCACUACGGGUAAGAUGUACAACUUCUUCGUGUUGCAGAACGAAGAAGGAACGUCACUCCCUUCAUCUAUACUUACGAUCAACGUGACGGACGGAGCUCACAACGAUAGCACGGUGGGGGUGGCGUCCUCCCCCCACAGUCUAGUGUUGGACGGUAAGAGCGCCACCACCCUCACCAUCGUGUGGCAGCCUCCUGAACUAGCCCUCCCCACCGACAGAUUCUUGUAUAAUCUACACUACCGGGCUCUGGGCAGCACAGACGACGUGAACCAAUACAACAUGACAACUAUAGGGUCCACGGCGAUGCGUCUGGAGAAUCUGACGCCCAACACACAGUACGUCAUAUACGUCACAGCUGUCAACGAUAUGGGUGAAAGUCGGUCUUCAGAGACCCUCCUGGCCUGGACUGACCCGGCCUACCCAGCCUUCGUCGAGACGCCCACCGUCCAUCCUAUCAACCUGAUCGUGGAGGGUGGCUCAAUGACGGUCCUCUGUAUUGCUAUGGGCUCACCACCGCCCACCGUCUCUCUCUAUAUCUCCGGCAUCCUCAUCCAUCAGGAUGUGACGCGGCAUAUGGUGACGGUGGUGCAUAACGUGACGCGGGAGAUGAGGGAGAUCUCUUGUUACGCCGACAAUGGUUACGGUACACCCAUGCAGGCGUCCAGGACCAUUACUAUCUCUCGGCGGCCACGCAUCAGAGGCAAGGAAGUGGUGAGGGUGACCAAGGGCACCUCGGUCACCCUGCAGUGUAAGGUGGACGCCUGGCCACAGCCCGCGCUGGUGUGGUGGAGGGACGCGGAUGGAAGAGUGCCAGUCAUACACGGAGGGAACUACGCCAUCAGCACCAUCAACGGUGAAGAGGGUGAAGGGAACUACAGAAUGCAGCUGACCAUAAGGACGGUAAACGAGGCUGACGAAGGUACCUACUUCUGUCACGCCAGCAACGCCUUCGGUGUCUUCUCGUACACGAACAAGGUCCAGAUAAACAACCCGAUAAAGCUUGAAAUCGACGUAACAAAGUGCUGUAUGGAUAGUAACGUGACCGACAGCUGCAUGGAAGCCUGUGCGUUCGACGAGCUGAACUUCGCCCGUGUGAUGAACAGCGAGAAGUGUAUACCUGACUUCGGCAAGCUGAUGAAAUGCGCGGCAGAUGGCUCAGACCAUCGGAGUUGUUGCAGCCAGAAGCGAGUCCCCAGGCCGUGUCUAGACUGGUGCCGUGGCGAACCCGUGCCUCACCUCCACCUGUGUGAGCUAAUGUGGGCACCUAUCAUCAUCUCCUGCUUUAAUGAGGGACAAGACCAACUGCCAGGGCCGCCUCUCAACGUGCGUGUGGUCACCUCCGGCCCUAACGCUGCCAAAGUCUCCUGGGAACCUCCAACCAAGAACCCUGAUGUUGUCGAGCUAUACAGAGUGUUUUGGCGACCUUUGGGUGAGCGCGCUGCCUUGAAGAACGACACAUCACAGAACGAACUCUUGAUCAGUGGGCUGGAGCCAGACAUCAUGUACGAGAUAGCUGUCAAGGCCGGUAACCACAAGGGCACCUCAGUCCUCACUCCCACCAUCAACUUCACACAUCAACUUAGUUACAUCAGCUCAGAAGCUACAUCAGGAACAUCUGGCGUGGCUGUGGCUGUGGUCACGGUGGUGGUGAUCAUCAUCAUCUGUUUAGCUGUGGUGCUGGCAGUCUUCUGGGCACGGAAAAGAAAUCUCCUCGGAGGAAAGUCAUCGGCUAAUGGAGGAAUUUCUUUCGAAAAUCCUUCAUACAUUCGAGAGCAAAAUGGUGAUACCGUCCAGAUAGCAGAGACGCCUAACGGUAGUUUGAACGGGAACAUCACUUCGGGGAUGAACGGCGGCGUUAACGGUGACGUUAACGGCAUGAACGGAGGCAUUAAGACAGGAAUUUCACCGAUCGACGUGAACGGAGGCGUUUGGAACACACACAAUGUGUCGCCCUCCACGCCAGGGUUCGAGGAUGACCUACCAAGUAACGGAGGCUACAUGAGGUUCACCAGCUAG